CCCUGUGUGGUGGAAGCCAGGCCAGUAGCUCCGAGGGCUUCUGCCACCUCCCAGAAUGAGGGACCUGUUGUCCACCAGAAAUCAGGCCUGCUGGACAGAGCUCAUUGAGAAGGAGGCUCAUAGUCGGGCACACUGGAGGACCAAGUUUGCCCAUAAGUACCCACGAGUUCCCGGCCCCAGGAAGAAGCACCAGCUCCCCUUCUCAUGCCCAGCUCCAGAUCCAUGCCUGCUGCCUCCCAUCAGCCCCCCCAGGACGGAGUACCCAGGAGAAGGAGCUGGCGUCCAGUCUCCCCAGGAAGGGGCCGAGAAGGGGCAGAAGGAGAAAGCCGAAGCUGAGCCCUUCCUGCCUGAGAUGAGACCCGCCACCCCUAAGACCGGGCAGCUGCUGUAUCAGGGCAUCUCCCGAGAGGGCAAAGGGAGACUCCUUUACCUGCAGGCGCGGUGGCAGCAAAAGCCAGAGGACAAGUUUCGGUAUCCGGUCUUGUCGUCCUGGGACUACGGCUGGCACAUAGGUGAUGGGAUCUUGCUUUGCCAAAGCACUUUGAUACCUGUUGUCAGUUACAUCUUGGUCUGGGAUACCAUGAAGGAAGCCAAAGCUCCAGUUCACGCCAAAUCCCGGCUCGUCGGGGAUACUUUUUACUUUCGCAAUGGGGUCUUCCACCAGCCCUCCAGGUCUGACCAGCGGCUCUGAGCUCUGGUAGGAAACAACCCUACUGGGGGAUUGUUCUUAAUACCAGAGUCUGCAGCCUGAUCAAGUUACUCUGGCGUUUCUUCCCCACCCCCACCUCCCAGCCUUGGCUCCAGUAAAAACCAAACCCACAAAACACCAAAAUAAUUGGGGUUUCCAAUAUGAUCACUUCUGGUCCCCUGGUCCUGAUUUAUGUUAGCAAUGAACCCAGGACUUUGUGUCUUUCACUUAGUCUGUUUAUCAUCAAAUCAAUGGCCAAGGAUUGUCAGUUUUCAUCUGUUUGUUACCCAGUGCAAACAUUUGGAAUCCUUCUUCAAACUUGGGUCAGAGCUGGAAGUUUCUACAGGGGCACCCCUCCUUUGCUAGCCUUUCACAACAAGAAACAGCUUCCCCAAAGGUUCCUGGAGACCCAAAUGAUUAAAGAUCAAAUCUUCUCUUUAGAUCAGGGAAGAUGGAAAGAGUUCAGAAUGGAAAGUAGUUUAUUGCUUUAACAAGCAAAGAAUUUUACCCUGCAGUAAACAAAGGUCUGGUUUGCUAAGGUAGAUUUUUGUGCUGGAUUUUCUUUUUUCCUUUUAUUUUUUGCAUCAGAUUUUCUGCAGGACAUUUGUCUUUGGGCCUCAACAGGGGAAGCUGUGGGAGACUUUGGAAGGUCUUUUAGUCCAGAAAUUCUCUCUGGUUUUCUUUGCCUAGCCUUUAUUUUAACAGGCUGUCUUUAUACUUGUUGUACCCCCUUAUCCUGUCUGGUACCCUUUCCCUUUUCUGUAACCUUCUAUGCCUACAACCUACUGAUUAGCAAACUCAGUUCUAGGGAGGAGAAAUGAUUUGGCCAGUGUCUCACAGACAGUAAGCACCAAAGGUAGGAUUUGAAAUAAGGUCCUUUGACUCCAGACCCAGUACUCUUUUCACUGGAGCAUGUUAUUUCAAGUUUCUUGGUCAUGGGAAAGACUUAUCUCUCUCUCCAACACCCUCCUCUGUUCCCCAGGGCAAAUAGCUGAACAUUCCUGUGUUGCAAUCUAGGGGUGCUGGGAACCCUGGAGUGCAAGAGUACAGGGUAGGAGUCUGCCUCGAAAGAAUUUGACCACUCAAGCCUUCUUUCAGUCCAAGUUUAUUAAGACACUGGUUUGUGUGGGUAAGAUUCCUAGUGAGUCUGUGCAUUUGAUAAGGACAAGACUGUUACUUUUAUAGGGAAAAAGACUGGGGGAAGAUCUGUAUGUGAUCUAGGAGUGACAAGUAGCCUGGCAUGGUCCAGAGAUAACAGAGAAUGACAGGCUGGGCUAGGUUGGGGGGGGCACAAUGGAAGGACAGUUGAAAAGAUUAUACUGGGAUGGGCAAUGCCUCAGGCCACGCCAGGGAUCUGGGCUGUUGAAAUUUGUGGGAAAGUCAAAGGACCCUUCUCAGUGGUUCAGGUCCCAUACCCCAUCACCUGUACCUCACUGUCCUCACCUAUAAAAUGAGGAUGGGAUUGCACUAGUAAGCUCUAAGGUCCAUUCUGCCUCCCGGUUUUCUUGCUAAGCUGUCCUCAUUUAUAAUGGCAAGAGUGUAGGAUAAUGAUGUCCCAACCCCAAGAGGCUGCUUCUCUCAAGAUCACUGUGGAUCCUUUCCUCCUGACACGUCCUGAAAGUCAUCAUGCCAAAGCUGUGGCAAAAUCCUUAGCUCUUACCCUUCCCUGCCCCACUUGCGAGGGAGGGCUAAGAUGUGGCCCCCGUUUGUUCCUGAGUCAGAGUUAGUCUAGAUUGUGGGAUGUUGGCUGCUGCCCUAGAUUGGGGACCAGUUGCUGUUUUCUUCCCUUCUUGCUUUCAUCCGUCCAUCUGUGUUCCUACUGUUGAGUGUCUCCAGUAAGGCCCCCUCACUUUCCCUAGUGUGAGUUAAAAUGAGCCAAAUAAAGAUUUGUUUCUCUCA